AUGACCACAAAAACCGAAACCCCCCUGGCAUCAUUCUCCAAGCUGACCGAUUCAGUCUACCUCCAAGACCCCAGCGGCUCAAGCAACAAGACAAACCAACCAGUGAUAUUCAUUGCAUUUUGGAUGAAUGCCCCUCCACGUGCUCUGGCCAAGUAUGUGGUCGAGUACAGGCGCAUAGUCCCAUCAGCACGAAUCAUUUUCGUCCGAAACUCAUCAAACGAUUUCCUUUUGCGCCUAAGCGCCCAAAGCCAGAGAGCCCGUGUUACUCCAGCCGUGGAAGCCAUGCGCGGGCUAGUCACCCCCGAGAACCCAGUGUUUGUGCACCUCUUCUCAAACGGAGGCUUGUCAAGCACAACGCAUUUAUUGCAAGCCUGGAAGAGCGCGACAGGAAGCCCAUUACCAGUUUUGGCAAUGAUUCUAGACAGUGCGCCAGGAAACCCGAGUUUGCGAUCUGGACUCAAGGCUUUCUCGUUUGCGCUGCCGCAAAUGUGGAUCUUGCGGCUACUUGGCAAAAGCUUUAUUUUUGUUUUCUUGGUUCUUUUUAAGUUGAUCCAUGCUUUAAAAAUCUUUCCGGAUCCUAUCUCCCUUGCUAGGGAGGUUGUUAAUGAUUCUUCUUUAGUGCGGGCGGCUAACCCGGAAGGGAAGCUUGCUCGCUGCUAUAUUUAUUCUGAUGCCGAUGAUCUGGUGGAUUGGCGCGAUACUGAAUCGCAUGCAUUGGAAGCAGAGGUGAAGGGUUGGGCGGUGCGUCGUGAAAUAUUUAAAGCGUCCCCUCAUGUUGGACAUAUGAGGGCUGAGCCAGAUCGUUAUUGGGGCAUUGUCAAAGAAUACCUCGGGGCUCUAGCAUCGACAUGA